UUUCUUAUAAAACUAAAUGCCGCUCCAAGAGAGCACGCUUUAAGAAUCUUCUUCGUUUUUUUCUUUCCUCUUUCUCUUUAUAGAUAAGCUGAGAAACCCCAGCUCAUCCUUCAAUUCCCAGAUGGGUUUUAUGAAUGUUCUCAAAUUCUCAGCUGCAUGCUUUGAUCUUCUUGUUGGCUGGUAUGUUGUCCACACAUUUUCUCGCCAUUGGAAAAUUUUGGAAAAUGAAGUGGAAUUCUAUGUUGGAGUACAAAACUGGGAUUUGCUUUGAUUUACCAUGUUGGUUUUAUCUCUUUUGUUUGAAUUACCCACAUUCUUGUGGUUAUUGUUUGUUGUUUGUUUGGAUUUCUACUUGCAGGCCUCUCUUUGCACUGGGUUAUCCUCUAUGUGCUUCAAUUUGGGUAAUUGAGACUAAGUCAAUCUCAGACAUUCGGAAGUUGGUGACAUAUUGGGUUCUAUUUUCCUUGAUUACACUCUUUGAAGAUGCUUUUUCCAAUCUCCUCGAAUGUAUACCAUUCUGGCCUUGCAUAAAGCUGAUGGUCAUCUGCUGGCUGGUGAUACCGCAUUUUGAUGGUUCAUAUUAUGUCUAUCAACACCUAGUUCAACCAGGCUUGUCCAUGGAUCCACAAGUUGUCAUGAAUCGGCGCUUCAAUGAAUCAAAAAAGUUGUAUCAUAGCAGAGAAAACUUUCUUGUUGCAGCAGACCGAUAUAUUAAAGAAAAUGGAGCUGAAGCUUUGGAGAAACUACUUGCUAGUAAGUUGAGGAGCACAAAGCCUAAUGUUGAAGUGAAAGAGAUCAAAGCACCUGCAGAACCGGAGAAAAAAGGGGAACAGGAAAGUACUCUAAUGGAGGCAGAUCCCCAGAGAAAUGUUGCUCAUGUUACUGAUGCAUUUGAUUCAAUGGCCAUGGUUUUAAAAGAAAAACCACUUUAUUGGUGGAAAUGUGAAGAGCCUAAUGUUGCUCAAGAGGAGAUCCCAGUAGUCGAAGUAACAGAGAUAAAAAAUGUGGGGGGUGGAGCAAUCAGGUGUGAAGGGCCUAAUGCUGUUAAGAAGGAGAUCAAAGUGACGGAAGUAACACAGAGAACAUUCAGUGGUACAGCACAGUGGGUUAAACAAACAGAGAUAAAUCUUGGUGAAACUAAAAGUAAUACAACCUGUGCAGCGGAGAUAAAAGAAAGGGCUGCAGAAAUUGAGGCAUGUCUUCAUAAGAAAGUCCAGAAAGAGUGGGCUUGUGCUGUAUGCCAGGUCACAACCCAAAGUGAGGCGACCUUUAAUUCCCAUCUUCAAGGGAAGAGACAUAAGGUCACUUCUAAGCAGCUGAAAGCCAAAAAGCAGGCAACCAAAAUCAGUGGUUCCCCACCUGUUUCAAUGGCAAAGAAAUUUGAUCAGUCCACCAAAGAGGAGCAACCGAAGUGUACUUCCUACAAUCUGAAAUCCAAAAACAGUGGAAUCUCAGCUGCUUCAACAGUGAAGAAUCCUGAUGAGACAAGAGAUGAUGAGCGACAAAAGUGUGGAUCUAACAAUGGACCGAACGAGAAGAAUAACAAAAAGCAAGAGGAGAAGGCACUUGUUCCUGAGACCAGUGAGCAAGGUCAUCAGAACUUAAAGCAAAAUGGUGAUGGAAUGAAAGAGUUGGGAUCACGGUGCAAUAUCUGUUAUGUAAGCUGCACAAGUGAGCUUGACAUGACCUCUCAUCUCAAUGGAAGGAGGCACUUUAAUAGGGUAAAGCAGCUGUCUAAUUAUGGUGCAGUAACUGCAAUGUAAAGUGCAACAGUGAGGCCGACAUGGCCUCUCACCCAAAUGGGAGGAGACACUUGAAGCAGCUCAAGAAACGGUCGAGAUUAUGGUGCAGUAUCUGUAGGGUGAGUUGUAACAGCAAGGUGAGCAUGAAUUCUCACCUAAAUGGGAGGAGGCACUUGGACCAGAUCAAGGAAACAGUUAGGAUUAUGAUGCCGCACAUUCUGUGGCAGAUUGUGCAGCGCGUGCUGUGGCGCAUGCAGCAGCGCAUGCAGGGCAAUCUAAUUUGCAAUGGUGAGCUCAGCUUGGCCUCAUCUGAAUGGGAGGAGGCAGUUAGAGAAGCAGAGGAAUAUGUGAUUCGCAUGUUUCUUCAGACAUAGUGUUUUGGUUAGAAGCAUACAGGCCAGUCGGGGUGUUCACAGAUGCCUCUAUUUUUGUUGUAUGAAGUAAAAACAGUAUUUCCAUGUUCAGUAUAGGAUACUUGGUAAGAUGGAUGUCUUGUUCAGCUAGGGAGGAUCAGUUCAAAAUUCUACCCCUCGAAAAUUAUUCAGCAGGUAUUGGAUCAGAUCAAUAUAUGGAUAGGAAUCCUGGUGGAUCUCCAUUCAUAUUAAGCUUUAGUUCAUGCACUGACGUUUCUGCUCCAUUUUCCCGAAGUGACAUCUUUCUUUGAGAAGCAUAUGAUAAAUAUAACAAAAUUUUUUACA